AUGGAAACUAUAUGGUUUCAAGAUCAUUGCGAUAGUUCUAAAAUUUAUAUCAGCAAUUACUAAGUAAAAAUUUUUAAAUUCAUUUAACAUGCUAAAUCAUUAAUUUUUCAAAUUACUAAAGGAUAGUACUGCGCAUUAUCACUAUUAUUUGUUUAGAGGCUAUUUUUAACAUGUUAAUCCUUAAUCUUAUAUGAGAAAAUAAGAUAAAACAUUCAAAUUCUUACUAUGUAGUUACAUCCAUUAAAAUAGAUUUUCGAAGAAAUUAUAUAAACGAAUCCUGUAGUAAUUUUAUUGGAGCCGGAUGUCAUAAUUAUAAUUGUUUGGAAUAUAUAUUUUUUGUUGAUUGUUAUUUUUUAUGUUUCGUUAGGAUUAUCAUUCGUAGAAAUUGUGGAGAUGAAUUGGGAUAUUACUCCUUUUAAUUUGACUGAAAGGCUAUUCUGUAUUAUAAUGGCAUUAAUAUUAACUCCAACCUUUGCUUAUUUCGUCAAUAGUAUUGUAUAAAUAUUUCAAUAAAUGUCUAAGCAAUCAACUUAACUUAAAACAAAUAUGAAUAGCUUAAAUACCUGA